AUGUAUUUGGCAACACUAGGGUCUCCCUGGAGGGACAAGAUAUCGCUGGCGAUUCUGCAUUUGCAAGAGAAGGGUGUGAUUCGUGUGCUUUACGACCGGUGGUGGAAAAGGCCGGGCAUUACCUGCUCUCGGGAUGACAAGAGCAAAGAGGGCAAAGCCAACGCUCUGGGCGUCGACAACAUCGGCGGUGUGUUUGUGGUGCUGUUGGGCGGACUCGCCGUCGCUAUACUCACAGCUAUUAUUGAGUUUUGUGUCAAUUCGAAGAAAAAUGCAGUUAACCAAAGGCAAUCGUUGUGCUCAGAGAUGGCCGAAGAGUUGCGAUUCGCGGUCAAGUGUCGGGCGCCGAGACAGAGGCCGACCCUACGGCGGCAGUGCUCCAAAUGCAUGCCCGCCAACACAUUCGUGCCCUCGGCUAUGGAAAUGUUGCCACAAGAGAACGGCAUUAUGCAGAUGAUUGAGUCCCGCAAGACGUCGUCGCCCCUCCAGUUUGACUGCGGAGAGUGUCAUCACCGGCAACAACAUCACCAACAGUUACAACAUUCACAUUACAGACAUUCGCCACACUCUUAGCUCAAUGAAAAACAAUGACAAACACUGCAAACAAUAGAGAGCUCAUCAUUUUUCUCACUACAUCUCUAAGUCUCGCCUCUAAAUACCAUUUAUAUAAAUAUAUUUUUGCAACGAAUUGUAUGUCUUCGGGAGGGAAUCUCAAGCCGUGUUUUUGUCGUUGAUUUGUAUUUCACAUCCCCUGACUGACUGACCCCUACAGCCCUUUUUCUCUCUCAUUCACCAUCACUUUCAUCAUCCCAUCACUCAUUACAAUAACACAAUGACUGCAAUAACGAUGAAUGGGAAGCGGAAGGCAUUAAUGUCUUGUGAAUUAGACAUCAUUUUUACUGAACAUUAUUGAGGAUAUGGUCUCUCAUCGGGCGCUGAAACGUUAAAAUCGAUUCAUUAACUCAACGCCUAAUGAAAAAUGUUAUCAAAAAAGUUUUUCACUCAUUAUAACGGGAAAUGUGUGUAUGUUUUGUGUGUAUAUAAAUCAACACAACUAUAAAGUUAUGAACGGAAAUGGGAUCGAAAUCACCAGAAAACUGAUUAUCAAUAAAUUAAUUGAUUGCCAAUUGUAUUGUUAACAAAAUACAAAAUAAUAGACUA